UUGGGUCUCUAGAGGGUCCCGGGAGCUGGCGCCGAGAAUGGGAUGAAGGUACUGUGGGUCUGGGAUCCAGUACCCCACCGCCGUCCCCAAGCCUGCCAAAGGAACCAGUUGGAGCCCCGUACAAAGAUGGAGGAGGGAAGGAGAUCUGCCCUCUGGGGAAUCCGGAAGAAAAAACCCAAAAACCGUUGACACCUCGAGAACUGGGGACGGGAAAGGCUCCUUCGCCAGCCAUGAAAGAGCAUCUCCUAAAGCCCUCGGGAUUCCCGCGAAGCUUAUCUCGGGGAGACUAUUCAACAGCCGGGAUGGGGGAGGGCACGAGCGUCAUAGCGACGUCCCCACGUAGUCUCUGACAUGUGAUGAUCAACGUCACGCGUUGAGGGAAACGAGGAAGGAAAAUGGUGCUGGAUGGACUCGCGGGGUUUCUGGCCUGGGUGUCCAGGGCUAUGGCCCUGCUCCUCGUUCUGAGCGCGGGAAGGUCCCUGGCGGUGCCCGAGGUACUGAAGAGGGAGUCGGUAUGCAAAUAUUGUCCAGGGCCAGUUCAUGAUACUUCAGAGGUUGACUAUUACUGUAAGCAGAGACAAGAGUUAAAGCUGUAUGCUCGAUGCUGUCUGACUGAACAGGGCACCAUUGUGGGACUAGAUCUUCAGAACUGUUCCCUGAAAGUACUGGAUCUGAACUUUGUUGAGGCCCAUUCUGCCAUUGUUUUAGACCUACAAGCAAACCCCUUCCUGAAUAUAUCUACCUCAGUCUUCCGUAACUUCACUGAGCUCCAGAUACUGGUGCUGCCACCAAAUAUAGACUGUCCUGGAGGGGAUUAUGCCUGGGAUAAUGUCACCCGUGGCCCUGACAACUAUACCUGCCUUGGGCAAAGAAGUCAAUGCAAUAGCACCAUGGAGCAAGCUUUGUGCCCUGAAAAUGCAUACUGUGUCCCAGAUGGCCCAGGCCUCUUCCAGUGUCUUUGUACUAGUGGCUUCCAUGGCUACAAGUGUCUGCGAGAGGGUUCCUUCCCACUCCUUAUGUUCUCUGGAAUCCUAGGCACUACCACCUUUUGCAUCUCCAUCUUGCUCUGGGGGACCCAGCUUCGAAAAAUCAAAGCCUCCUGAUUCAGACCUUCCUAUCGACCUAAAAAUCAAAUAAGCCCUUCGGUGGACACAGCCUAAGAGUUUCCUUCCUCAGAUGCGGCUUUGAUCGCGAGUGCAAAGAAGCAGGGGGUGGGGAAGAUAGCUGGAAAUUACAAGUAGUCUGGCUGGUUCUAGACCCGGCUUGAAGUUAGAAGUGUUUGUAUGGGAUGUUUACCCCAAAUAAAAUAACCCUUUUCAAUGAAA